AUGAAUGUCGGUGAACUGCUCACCAACUCGCUUUCGCCGGAUCAUGGAACACGGCAGGCCGCCGAGCAUGCGCUCGAAGCAGCCGCACGCGAUAACUAUCCCAUGUACAUGACCUCGCUCUCCAGCGAGCUCGCUACGGAUGCGACACCUGCGCACAUUCGCUCUGCGUCCGGUCUUGCGCUCAAGAAUGCGCUGGUAGCGCGUGAAGCGCAGCGGGCUAUGGAGUACGCAGAGCGGUGGACCGCGCUGCCCGCUGACGCACGCGAUCAAGUCAAGAGCAAGGUCUUGAUGACGCUCAGCAGCAGUGAGCCACGCGCCGGUACUGUCGCUGCGCAGGUGAUUGCCGCCAUUGCAUCGAUCGAGCUUCCACGCGGCAUGUGGCCCGACUUGAUUGCGCAGUUGCUCGCGGCCAUUGGCGACGUGAACAACCCGCGCCAGCGUCAGGCAGCGCUCCAGGCGAUUGGUUUCACAUGCGAAGUCGUCGAUCCUGCUGUCCUCUCGGCCCAGUCCAACGAGAUCCUCACCGCAGUCAUUCAGGGCGCGCGCAAGGAAGAGACCUCGCCGGAAGUCCAGCUGGCCGCUCUGCAUGCGCUCCUCAACUCGCUUGAAUUUGUGCGCAGCAACUUUGAGCGUGAAGGCGAGCGUAACUUUAUCAUGCAGGUCGUCUGCGAGGCGACGCAGUCGGCGCAUGUGCCCGUUAAGGUGGCCGCGUUCGAGAACCUCGUUCGCAUUAUGCAAUUGUACUACGAUAAGAUGCGCUUCUACAUGGAGCAGGCCCUCUUUGGCCUCACGAUCCUUGGUAUGCGCGACAGCGAGCCCAACGUGGCGCUGCAAGCCGUGGAGUUCUGGUCGACUGUGUGCGACGAAGAAAUUGAGCUGGCGCUCGAGGCAGCGGAUGCGUUGGAGUUCAAUGAAGAGCCUGCGCACGUCUCGCACCACUUUGCUCGUGUGGCACUCCCAGAAAUCGCCCCGGUGCUGAUGGAAUUGCUCGCUCUCCAGGACGAAGACAGCGACGAGGACGACUGGGACACCGCCAAGGCCGCCGGCACGUGCUUGGGCCUCCUCGCGCAGGUGGUCGGGGACCAAAUUGUCUCGCUGGCUGUGCCGUUUGUGGAGGGCAACAUCAAGUCGCCCGACUGGCGUCGUCGUGAAGCAGCGCUCAUGUGCUUUGGCAGUAUUAUGGACGGUCCUGACAGCAAGUUGCUCAUGACGCUCGUGACGCAGGCGCUUCCAACCGUUAUGGAGUCGCUGCACGACCCGUCGACGGCUGUGAAAGAUACCACGGCAUGGACAUUGGGCCGGAUUUGCGAGUUUGUGUACGACGCCAUCACGCCAGAGAUGCAUCUCGGACCUAUCAUCCAGGCCCUGCUGGGCGCGCUCCAGGACCAGCCGCGUAUCGUGACGCACUGCUGCUGGGCGUUAAUCAACCUGGCGGAGCGGAAGGGCAUCUUGGCCUCGCUCGACGAUAUCGACCCACCCACCACGUCGCUCUCCCCGUACUUUGAGACGAUCGUAACGCAGCUCAUGCAGGCGACAGACCGCAACAACAACGAGUCGAACAGCCGCACGUCUGCGUACGAGGCGCUGGCGUCGGUGGUUGCCAACAGCGCCACAGAUUGCCUGCCGCAGGCCAGCACCGUCCUGGUCCACAUCAUCGAGCGUCAAGAAGCGCUCAACGGUAUGGUGCAGCAACUCGUGGGUCUCGAUGACAGGAACAACUGGGCUGAGCUGCAGAGCAACUUGUGCAGUGUGAUCAUUGCAUCGGUUCGGCGCCUGCAAGCGGGCAUUGCGCCGAUUGGUGAUCGCCUCAUGACGUCUCUCCUCACACUCAUCCAGAACAGUGCGAAGCAGCCGACUGUGCUGGAAGAUGCGUUUGUGGCGGUAGGUACCGUGAUCGUCGCAUUGGAAGGCGAGUUUGAGAAGUACAUGGAGGCGUUCCUGCCCUUCCUUGUGGAAGGCCUGCGCAACCACGAAGAGCAUCAACUGUGCACUAUCAGCGUCGGUAUCGUGGGCGACGUGUGCCGCUCACUUGGCGAGAAGGCGACCAAGUACUGCGAAACGCUUAUUGCCGCUCUGUUUGAAGACCUGCAGAGCCCAGUUCUCCAUCGCAAUGUCAAGCCCCAUAUCCUCAGCUGCUUUGGCGAUAUUGCUAUGGCGAUUGGGCCUGCGUUUGAGCCGUACCUUGCCACGGCCAUGGCCGUGCUGCAGCAGGCCAGCAUGGUGCAGAACCCUGCCGACACUGCUGACUACGAGAUGAUCGAGUACGUAAACGACCUUCGUGAAGGUAUUACCGAGGCAUACGUCGGUAUUGUGUCCGGCUUCCGGGCUGGCGGCAAGGUGGACGUGCUGCUGCCCUACAUGGAAUACACGAUCUCCUUCAUUGGCCUCGUCGCCUCGGAAGGUGUGGACCGCUCCGAGUCGCUUCUACGUGGCUCGAUUGGUCUGCUAGGCGAUAUUGCCACAGCAUUCCCACAAGGUCCGGUCAUGGCCAAGCUUCAACAGCAAUGGGUCCUGGAUUACAUCAAGGUCGGUCGUAGCCGCGGCAAUGGCUCCGAGACACGCAAGACCGCCAACUGGGCCCGCGACGUGAUUAAGAAGUCCGCGAGUGCAGCUGGUACACCUAUUAUGUGA